AUGUCCAAUCCCCACAGUCCCAUGACUGCUGCACCCAGAGCCUCCUGCACACGUGUUCUAGAGUCCUCCGGUUUCUGCAUCCUCUCCCUCAGUGUGGAGGAUGUCCUGCCCCGACGGUCCCAUGACCACAGUGCCCAGAGCCUCCUGCACACAGGUUCUAGAGUCCUUCAGUCUCUGCGUCCUCUCCCUCGGUCCUCAAAGCGUCCCCGUGUGACUAGCUCCCCAACCCAGCCUGACCCUAAGGCUUGUCCCAGUCGCCGGCUUCCCUCAAAGAGAAUCUCAGACCGGCGGCUCUGGUUCCCUAACCCCGAAGGCGCUCUCCAUAGCCAGCCAAGCUGCAAUCCUUUGCUUCAGGCACUGCGGCAGGUUCUCUCCACGUCCCCAAAGGCAAACUCUCCAAAGCUCAGUAAUUCUCUCUCCCCCCCCCAACCCCCCGCAACCCGCCCCAAGCCAAAUGACCCGGCAGCUCGCCCGCUCCGGGUACCAAUCAGAGGAUGCUCCUUAAGUCCCAAUCGCCCCCAAGUUUCUUGCCAGAGGCGCGGGAGGCUGGGCUCCAAGUUUGCUGGGGCGGGCGGCAGCUGGGGGUGCAGGCGGGGGGCGGGAGCCCCGGAGUCGGGUUGGGAGGGGGGGAGGAGCAGGCGCGCGGCCUCGCAGCUACCUGGCUCUCUCCACCGCGGCCGCACGCGGGGUGCGCCUGGGGGUACCGAAGGGAACCCAACGCGGGAGGCCGGGGACCACACAGGUGAGCCCCGCCCGCGGGCUCCCGGGAGCUCCACUGGGUCCCCGUAUCCCACGAUCCAGCCCGCCAUCCCCUCCCCCUCGCUCCUCCACCCCGGCUCCGAUACACUUUCCCAAGCCCAGAGGCGCCCUCGCUGCACCCUGAUCCCGUUCUCCGCGCCCCGCUUUCUCCACGAGAAAAAAGAGAGAGAGAGAGAGAGAGAGAGAGAGAGAGAGAGAAAGAAGCAAGCAGAUGCGACCCAAAGCGGGUCGCAGGAGGGCAAGGUGAGGGCGCGGGGACUUACUCUGCCAAGCAGCGCGGUGCCAAGCGCAGCGGCCGGGAAACCCGGGCCCGGCUCCCUCCGGGCGCCCGGAACCCCGCGGGCGGGCAGGUCAAGUGUUCCGGGCCGAACGGCGUCGGGGACAGGGACGGCGACCGCACGGACGCGCGGGUGGGGUCGCUGGGCUCAGCAGGCGCUCGCACUGCGCUCGGGCCGCGGCUCCGCGCGGCUCGGCUCCCGGCUCCCCUCUGGCUCCUUGGCACCAACUCCGGGCAGUCACAUGACGCCGGCGCCGCUCGCUCUGCGAGCCUCCCCGGGGCUGGCGGGAGACCUGAGCCCUCAGAUUCUUCUCUCAGCAUCCAGCCACCAUGCCUGUCUGCUGCCACAGUUCCCCAUGACCAUAGUAGUGAUGGACUAUUCUCCCUCCGGAAACACAAACUCAAAUAAGUCUUUCUGCCUGUGAAGAAACAGAGUAAGGGGGCAGGAAGAAAUGCAAAUGCACAGAGGAGAAAAGGCACACCAGAAACUCCAAUGCUGCAGCCAAGGCCUGUGCUGGAAGGGAGAAGAAAAUUAA